UGGAACUUGAUUUGUUGUCGCCGGGUGUAGUGAAGGUGUCGCGCCGUGUGUCUCCACCUGUACUACUACCUCCAUUAAGGUGUCGCGCCGUGUGUCUCCUCCUGUACUACUACCUCCAUUAACCGCCGUGUGUCUCCCCUCCUGUACUACUACCUCCAUUAAGGUGUCCCGCUGUGUGUCUCCACCACCUCCACUCAUCACAGGCAAACAUGGUCACCAAAGGGAAGCUAACCAAGGAAGAGGAACUUCUGCUUCAGGAUUUUAGUAGAAAUGUAUCCAAGAAAAGCUCAAUUAUAUUCUACUUCAAUGCGUUAAUUGUGUCUGCCAUCCCCAUCUGGCUCUUCUGGCGUAUUCAUAUGAUGGAUCCUCUUUCAUCUGCUGCCAUAUUUGCUCUUGUGACAGGCAUUGCAACAUACCUUGUUGCUUUUGCUUACAUGAACACCAAGUUUGUCCUGAAGCAUAAGGUGGCACAAAAGGUUGAGGAUGCUGUUACACGUGAAGUAAUGCGGAAACUGGCUGAUGACAAGAAGAUGGGCAAGAAAGAAAAGGAUGAAAGGGUCUUGUGGAAAAAGAAUGAAGUAGCAGAAGCUGAGGCCACCACAUUCUCCUUGUUCUACAACAACGCUCUCUUUCUGAUGCUGGUCGUGGUGGGGUCCUUCUUGGUGUUCAGGUCAAUCGCACCAGCUUACAACUACGUCUUCAGCACACUGGGAGCAGCUGGGGUCAUCGCUCUCUUCUCCACCAGCUCCCAAUAAGACCAGCCACUUUUCCUCACUCGUUGUUAUAAUGUUUAAAAAAAGUAGAGGUGUUUUUUUUUCCGUUUCUUUGUAAAGAAAUUUAUUUAUGGUGUUACUUUUUGUAGGUUUUUUUUUUACUACUUGUAAUGUGCAGUUAUAAUUUUGUCUUCUACAAACUUGAUAUGUAUCAAUUCAGGCAACCAAUUCUUAAACAUUUUUAAAUUAACUAACUGGCUCUAAAACAGUUAAUAAAGUCAAAUGAUUGUCUUAGUAUGGACAUCAAUAUAAUUCUUAUAAAAUAUAAAAUAUAAAAAACUUACCAGUGAACUUUAUUAGGGGCAUUGUCCUGCUGAAACCUCCUUUUUUAUGGAUGGAUUUAUAUGAAAUUUUAUCACAUUAUUUAGGAUCAUUCAACAGUGGUCAAGUUUUUUUUUUUUUUUUUAAUCAAAAUACUGGAAACACUUGUGAUUGAAAAUAUUUGUGGCUUUAAUGAUAUAAAGAGCAUGGGCUGGUGAUUCUUCAUUGUUACAACCAAAUAUGUAUGACCAUUCAACGAUGAUAAAAAAGUAAAACUAAAAUAACCCAUAAAAAUCCUCCCCAAAUUAUUGGCUUUACCGUCUAAUUCGGUAAAGAAAUUUUUAGUUACACUCCUUCUCUUAUAUCAUAUUCUAUUAUCAUUGGUGAAUCUAAUACUGUUUGAAAAUUAAAAAUCGUCCAAGAAACUGCAUAAAUACUUGGGCAAGGGAGUUCACAAGCUGUGCAACAUACUGUAGGUCUACUCUCCAUGCGGGCCAGCGGACACUGAGAAGGAAUACCUGUACACCUAAUGCUCAGCAGACUGGCUGAUAGAUAUUGCCAGAUGAAUGUUUUAAUAGUUUUAAUAAAUAACAAUGUAUAACAAUAAAACUAAAGAUACUAUUUGCUCAUAAUACUACUUUAUUAUGAUAGCAGAAAAUGAGAAUCGUCUAAAGCCGACUACAGGAGGUAAGGGGUCUUAUUUUUUUUUUGGGGGGGGGGUAGAUGAUAUUGCACAGCAUUCAUACUUAACAGUGAUGUAGUAGCUAAAAGUUUCCAUAGUUCAGAUAAAUUUUAUUCGGAAAGUCCGAUUUUUCAUAAUUCUUGGAUCGUUCACAGCUGGACAAUGCCCUUAACUUUCUAGUUCAUUCAAUGAGUUUUUAAGUUUCUCUGACCACGACAAAUGUUAUACGAGACCACUCACGUGAGGUCUGGUCAUCUUCAUUCUGCGGCCAGUUUAACCCACAAUAAUUUUUUUUUAUUUAUUUUUUUUUUUUUGCAAGAGUUACAUAUCACUGGCUUUAUUAUUGCUUUGGCUUUAACAUAAGCAGAAAAAAGGAGACAAGAAUGCGACUAACUUUCCAAUCCAAUUAAAGAUAAAAAUUUAUUUGUUCCCAGCAUCAUAACUCGUACAUUUUCUCACAAACCUACCAAAGUAUUAUCAUAGUUAUAGAAUAGUGAUUUUAUGAGCUUUCCAAUGAUGGCUUUGGAAUUUUGAUUUGACUAAUUGUGAGGAGGGUGGGAGAGGAAAGACAAAUGUGACCUACCAGCAUGGGAGGGGAGGAAACAUGGACAAUGCAAUCCACCCAUGCUCUGAUACUUUCUGGAAGCUUCCCUCACAAGGUCAUGCAGUCAUCGAUUACACAAGAAAAUUUAAUGGAAUUUUCUUUAAUUAUUAUUUUUGGGUGAAUUUUUUAAGUUUAAACCCGUCAUCGAUGCAAAUGGUGCUACACAUUGAUUUGGUGCAAUUUGCGUCUUGAUAUGCGAGAUGGUUAAGUUAAAUCAUAUUUCUUUAUUUGAGGUGGAGUAUUAUGCUUUAUAUCCCCUUUAUUUUUCUGUGGUAUGACAUUUCUUCUUGACUGGUGAAAUAAUUAACUUAAGUUAAGAUGUAUAUUAUUUGGUCUGGAGGCAAAUGUAUAGAGAAAUUGGUGUGCCUGUAAGAGAUCAUAAAUAAAUAACAUUCCCAUGGUACAUGUAUAAGGAUGACAGUUUUCAUAUCAGGUGGUACUCUACUGUACUGUACAGUAUUUGAAGGACAGUGCGAAUGUUUGUAAAGAUGGUUUCCCUUUUUUAUAAAAUAAAUUUCAACAAAGGAA